AUGUGCAAGCAUUUCACAGCUAUAGAUCUAGAAUGUCUUUUCUGCUUACUGGUUGGAACACGACGGAAUGGCAAGCCAUCAAUUUCAGAGGCCAAAGUUGAAGAAUUUGGGGCAGAAUAUUUUAACAAAAUCAUGGAGUAUGUAUGCUCUCAGGAGCAUGUUGCAGCAGCACUCAAGGAAGGAUCACUAAACAUUGAUUCCAGACUAAGUCAUGUAAUACACCGAAGGCUUAAGCAAACAUUAAAGAAUAUCUUAUGGAAUAUGAAAGAAACAAUGGUUAAGUGGUUCUAUGUUGUCAAGAAAGAAAAGUUAACCCCUACCAUCAGUACUUUCCAAUGCAUGUGGUAAUCUUACAUCAUUCAAAGUGGCUCAAGACCAGCCGUUCGUCAAGAAAUGCUUUGUCACAGUGUUCAAUGGUGACGAAAGGGAACAUGUUGUGACACUAAACGAAGAGGCUGUGUACAAAUCCAUAUACACUGAUGAAAAUGUGUAUACAAUGUUUGGAAAGGAAGUCUGUCUAGUAGUUGAUAUCGCGUUGGCUAAGGGUGGCCCAGAAUCGAUUCUAGAGUCUUAUUACUCAACAAUGAAAUCCCAACUGCAACCUGGAGGUCAAAGUAAUGACACCUUGUCUGUCCGUACCAAGCUGGACUGGUGUCUACCGAAUGUCUUGCAGGGAGACAGGAUGAUCAAAGAGGUUGCAAAUCUCUACAUCAAUCGUGACAAGAAGAAAGGGCUAAAAAAACACAAAGCUCCUGUACUUUGUGAGCGACCACCUACAGGCAGCAACACCAGUAAAGUGAUCAAAAGAAUAGAGAAAAGUGACGCUAGGUUACCAUUUCUAUUAUGA